AUGACUGUGCACACCCGGUACCGGUACGAAUUAGCUCUAUGUAUUCCCACCCACCCACCCAUCCCCGCCUCCCCGACAAGACGUCCAGACCUGCGUCUGCUUGCUGCUGGUUGCUCGGACUCGAACAGCUCUUCUCAUUCCAACCCACCACCACCACCACCCCACCACCAUCAUCAUCGCCCUACUUUCUCUUCUUCUUCUUCUUCUUCUCAACCACCCUCCACGCCUACUUCCUCCGAACCCCUCGCCAUGCCUGAAGAGGACAUCACCAAAUACCUGCGCCAGUCGCACGCGCGGGUUUUCGAGCACAAUCGCGCCUGGGUGACCGAGCAGACCAAGAAGGACCCGGAAUUUUUCGUCAAGCUCUCGGCCGGCCAGAAGCCCGAGUACCUAUGGAUCGGCUGCUCCGACUCGCGCAUUCCGGCCGAGCAGAUCACCGGCCUCCAGCCGGGCGAGGCCUUCAUCCACCGUAACAUCGCCAACCUGGUGAACAACAUCGACCUCAACGUCAUGAGCGUGAUCCAGUACGCUGUCCGCCACCUUGAGGUCAAGCACAUCAUCGUCUGCGGCCACUACGGCUGCGGCGGCGUCAAGGCCGCCAUGACCCCGCAGGACCUCGGCAUCCUCAACCCCUGGCUGCGCAACAUCCGCGACGUGUACCGCCAGCACUCAGAGGAGCUCGACGCCAUCCCCGACGAGUCCGCCCGCUACAACCGCCUCGUCGAGCUCAACGUCAUCGAGCAGUGCCGCAACGUCAUCAAGUCGGCCGCCGUGCAGCAGUCUUACUCGAAGAACAAGUAUCCCAUCGUCCACGGCUGGGUCUUUGGCCUCGACGAUGGCCUACUCAAGGAUCUGAACAUUGGGUUUGAGGACAUGCUCGCCGAGAUUCAAAAGAUUUACAACCUCGAGGAUAGUUAG